AAUGUUGCACAACCGACGUAAACAUUGCAACUUCCAGUUCCAGAGUGCGCAGCGUUUGGCUUCAAUUUGAGUAAAAACCGGAUAGAAACACCGGUUUCCUGCCGAUUCAACCAUUCCGAAUAAAUGAAAUAAUGGAGCUCUACCUUUACCGAGGCGAAUGGGGACUGCCCACCGUCGAUUACGACUGUGCACGGCUGUUGGCUUACCUCAAAUUUUCCGAAGCGAAAAUCACACUCAACUUCAACGGCAAUCCAUUCAGCUCCCCGAACGGGAUGCUACCGUACCUGGCCACAGAGGAGGGAAAGAAAAUCGCCGGUUACAAUAAGAUAACGGAGUUCCUGCAGUCGCGGGGCUUCGACGCCAACGGUCAGCUGGAGGGACAGAACUACAUUGUGAUAAACGGUUGCAUUCAAUAUGUGUUCGAGAACCUGUUCCCGUACUUUAUGUACAGUCUGUGGGGCGACCCGAAGAAUCUGGACACCACCAGGGCACUGUACGCCAAGCGGAUUCCGAUCCCGUUCAACUUCUACUGCCCGCGGAAGUAUGUGCUGAAGACGAACGAACUGACGCUCUCGUUGGCCGGCUUUGCCCUGGAGGAUUCAGUCGAGCUGCACGAUGUCAACGAUCUUAUGCUCAAUGCCAAAAAGUGCAUUAACUGGAUAUCCGAGAAGCUCGGUGAGAAUCGCUUCUUCUACGGUGACACGCCCAGCGAAAUUGAUGCCGUUCUCUAUGGGUAUCUUUCCGUGCUGCUGAAGCUCACCCUCCCGAACAAUGUGCUGCAGAAUCACGUGAAGCAGUGCAACAAUCUAGUCAAGUUUGUCGAACGGAUCACGACGAUCUACUUCGCGCGGGAGGGUUUCAGCAGUGCCGGCAGCAAUGGGUCCAGCGCAUCGUCUUCGGACAAUUCGUCCAAACCAAAGCAGGAGGGCGAGAAGUCCUACGACGGGACGCAGAAGGACGAAGACACGCCAUACGACCGGAAGAAGCGCUACGUAGUGUCGGGCAUCUUUGCGACCAUAGCGAUGGUUAGCUACGCGUUGGUGUCCGGGAUUUUGACGAUUUCACAAAACGAUCACGGUGGAGGCAAUUUCAUCUCAUACGACGAACCCGAAUACGAUGAUGAAGAAUAGUGUGAGGAAGUUUCGUUGUACCGUCAUGACAUGAAAGAAUAAUAGCUCGAGUGUCUUCCGUGGGAGGUGCGAAUUCGG